GCAGCCACGACAGUAUGCCCUUAUGUUUAGAAGCGAAAGUAGUCAAGAAGAGCCGAUAGAGACCGGCAGUUGUUAAUCAACGGUGCUGAAAAGAUUGAAGCUUUUUCCCUCACGUCUAUUCGGAAGCUUGCAUUUUAUAAUUGCAGUCAUGAGAGGUCUUGUUGUUAGCCUCGCAUUCCUUGUAAGUGCAGUACAUUGUAUGUACGGGCCAGGAGAUGAUGUGGUUGAGCUGACUCCCAGCAAUUUCCAUAAAUCUGUGAUUGACAGUAAUGAACUAUGGCUUGUUGAGUUCUAUGCCCCAUGGUGUGGACAUUGCCAAGCAUUAACACCUGAGUGGAAAAAGGCAGCUAGCGCAUUGAAGGGUGUUGUUAAAGUUGGAGCAGUAAAUGCAGAUGAGCAUAAAGGUUUGGGUGGUCAAUAUGGUGUACAAGGUUUUCCAACAAUCAAGAUCUUUGGUGCAGAUAAAUUCAAACCUACUGAUUACCAGGGUCAGCGUAAUGCUCAAGGAAUUGUAGAUUCCGCUCUAAAUACCUUAACAAGCAUGGUGAAAAGCAGACUUUCUGGUGGUAAGAGCAGCGGUGGUGGCAAGAGCUCUGGAGGCAGUGGGGACAGCAAAGAUGUAGUUGAGCUGACUGACAGCAACUUUGAAGAGAAAGUUUUGCAGAGUGAUGACAUGUGGUUGGUUGAGUUCUACGCGCCAUGGUGUGGUCACUGCAAAAAUCUUGCUCCACACUGGGCGUCUGCUGCAUCUGAACUGAAAGGAAAAGUCAAGUUGGGUGCCGUAGAUGCAACAGUACACACUGUCAUGGCCAACAGAUAUGAGAUUAGAGGAUUCCCAACAAUCAAAUUUUUCCCUGCUGGCAAGAAAGAUCCUAAGGGUGUGGAGUAUGAUGGUGGAAGAACAUCAGGUGACAUUGUUCGCUGGGCUCUUGAUAAACUAGCAGAGAAUAUCCCUGCCCCAGAAAUCACAGAACUCACCAGCAACGCAGCCCUUAAGAGUGCCUGCGAUGACCACCAACUGUGCAUAGUUUCUGUACUUCCUCACAUUCUGGACUGUCAAUCCAAAUGCAGAAAUGAUUACCUGAAUGUAUUAAGACGCUUGGGAGAGAAGUAUAAGAAGCAAAUGUGGGGUUGGGUUUGGUCUGAAGCUGGUCAACAGCCAGAACUAGAGCAAGCAUUGGACAUGGGUGGCUUUGGAUGGCCUGCUCUUGCUGCAGUUAACUCAAGAAAAAUGAAGUUUUCACUGCUUAAAGGCUCUUUCAGUGAGACUGGCAUUAAUGAAUUUCUGAGGGAUCUUUCAUUUGGCAAAGGCUCCACAGCCCCACUUAAAGGUUCUCAGCUACCAACAGUAAAAACUGUUAACCCAUGGGAUGGAAAAGAUGGUGUGCUGGAAGUUGAAGAAGAUAUUGAUCUGAGUGAUGUGGACAUUGAUGACAAGGAUGAAUUAUGAGAAACUAAUACAGCUGGAUUUGUAUCACCACUUUCAUAAUGCAUCAUGUAUUUAUACCAUUAAUACUUUGUUUUUUAUUGCUGUGGUUAUGUUAUGUUUUGGUAGUUAAUAUUUAACUACCUCAUAAACCAUUAUAGUGACAAACAUUCUUUCUGUUACCAUUAAGUUGAUUGCAGUAUGAUCAUUAAUCCUAGGAAUGUUUCUAUUGAAGAACAAUUCUCUAGUAGUUUGAUAUUAUCUAAUUUUUUUUAGCCUCUGUCUGGGCUAGUAAUCACAAUUGGAACAUUUUGAUCUUUUAAACGUGUUGCAAAUUAAUAAAUAAAGCCAGUAAGUGUGCAGGUAUUAUUAAACUGCAAAAUGUUUUCAUGUCCAUUGUAAGCUAUUAUAAUAAUACAUUGUUCACUUGUUUUUAAACUUUAAUUUUUAGUUCAGAUACAUUUUCUUUCUUGAAACAAUCUCUUAUAAUUGUUACAUUAGUGUUGUUGAAUGCAUAUAUGCUGAAUGUUACUGGCAGGGUAUAAUGCUGAAAUUUUGUCUACUGCUUACAGCUUUAUAGAAGUUGCUGUUCUUUGUGGGGUUAUUCUGGUGCUUGUUUACAGGUUGAGAGUGCAUUAUAUGUUUGUGUCAGUAAUAAUGAAAUGUUUAAAAUGGUCAUUUCUGAAUAAAGUUAGUUAUUUUUUGUUUGGUUUAAAACCAGUUUCAAAAUUGCAUCAGACUUGUGUUUAAUAUCAUCUACAUUGUAGCCCCUCUUAUCUCUUACAAAUGAAAUGCAAUUUCUUUAGAAAUUCCAUUUUAUAUAAAAAUUGUUAUCCUAUUCAUAAAUUUUUUUCUAUUCUUUUUAUUGAACUGUCUUGAAGUGAAUUAAGCAUUACCUGUUUGAAUAAUGACCAAGUUAUUUUACUUAAGUUCAGUAAAAGAAAUAAACCAAUUUUACUGUCU